AUGAAUGGCUUGUGUCGCAAGAACGGAUGGUUUGGCAAAGAGCCAUGGUGGAAAGAUGCGACAUUCUAUCAAGUGUAUCCUGCUAGUUUCAAAGACUCUAACGGGGAUGGCUGGGGAGAUAUUCCGGGGUUGAUCUCCAAGAUCGACUAUCUUUAUGAACUCGGCAUCGAUGUUGUAUGGCUUUCGCCGGUUUUUGAAAGUCCGCAAGCUGAUAUGGGCUAUGAUGUGUCGGAUUACCAAAAGAUAUAUGCGCCAUAUGGUACAGUAGAGGACGUCGACGCGCUUAUUAAAGCUUGCCAUCAGAGGAAUAUGAAGUUAAUCCUCGACCUGGUAGUAAAUCACACAUCCAUUGAGCAUGAAUGGUUCAAAGAGUCUCGUUCAUCGAAGAUAAACCCUAAGCGCGAUUGGUAUAUCUGGAAGCCACCGCGGUAUAAUUCUCGGGGAGAACGAGUCCCACCGACGAAUUGGCGAGGUUAUUUUGCCGGACCUACUUGGACAUGGGACGAAUAUACCCAAGAAUACUACCUUCAUCUUUAUGCGCCCGAACAACCGGAUCUCAAUUGGGAAUCUGAAGCUUGCCGUAAAGCUAUUUACGACAAUACUAUGCGUUUCUGGCUCGAGCGCGGAGUUGAUGGGUUCAGGAUCGAUACUGUGAAUAAAUAUAGUAAACGCACUGAAUACAUCGAUGCGCCAAUUACAGACCCAAACUCACCGUCUCAAGCCGCUCCAGAGAUGUGGUGUAAUGGACCAAGGAUACACGAAUUCAUCCGCGAGAUGCGGUCUAAGGUGCUUGAACCAUAUGGAGCUAUAUCUGUUGGAGAGCUGUCUAAUACGCCGCAUCCGGAUCAAGUCCUACCGUACAUAUCAGCAGCGGCGCGAGAACUUGACAUGGUCUUCGAAUUUUCCAUGAUCCGACUUGGUAUCGGGGGCAUGUUUGGAUCGAAGUACAUAUAUUCGCCAUUCACCUUAUCACAACUGAAAGCCGUUGUAGCAAAAUGGCAAACUUUCAUCGAAGGUACCGAUGGAUGGACAACUGUCUUCUGCGAAAACCAUGACAAUGGACGUGCUGUGAGCCGAUUUGGUAACUGCUCGACACCACAACUAUGGCAGGCGAGCGCCAAAACCUUAGCGCUGUGGCAGGCCACAAUGACAGGGACCUUGUUCAUAUACCAGGGCCAGGAAAUUGGUAUGGCGAACAUGCCGGCAGGAUGGGAUAUAGAUGAAUAUAAAGACGUAGAAGGGUUGAACUUCUAUGCCGAAGCACUAGCCUCAAAAGACGAGAAAAGGAUCGCAGAUACAAUACAUGGCCUACACAUCCUUGCUCGUGAUCAUUCGAGGAUUCCUUUUCAGUGGGACGAUUCUCCCAAUGCUGGGUUUGCGGAGAAGGGUGUCAAAACGUGGAUGCGUGUUCAUGAUGAAUAUCGGGAUAUUAAUGCGGCAAAGCAAAUCGCGGACAAUGAUUCUAUUCUGAAUUUUUAUAAGAUGAUUCUGAAGUUGCGCAAGCAGUAUAAGGAUGUGUUUGUUUUUGGGACAUUUCGGUUGUUAGAUCCUCAAGACGAGGCCAUCUUCGCGUAUGUGAAGGAGAGCCCUCCAUCUGUCGCAGAUGCACAACCCCAGACAAAUGGCACAGCUAAUCAUAGCCAAACGAGAACGAAGAGAAUUGCAGUGGUUGUGCUGAACUUUUCUAUUGAUGAUCAAGACUGCCCUGACAUCGAGAAAGUGCUGGGUGAAGGUAGAGCAAGGCUUCUAGUCAGUACGCAAUACGGGGAGGGCGGAGAUGUUGGCAUGUCGCUUGACAAGGAUGUCGGACUACCGACUCUGAAACCCUGGGAAGGUCGCGUAAAUUUAGAAGGAAAAGGGAUAGAAUAUCUUGCUAACAUCUUCUUCGUUCUAGUGUCUUACGCUGCUGCUGCCGCAUCUGGUCCGAAGCAAACGCCCGCAGAGGCUGCUGCCCCCCAACCUCCUGAGGUCAUAUCAUCCGAAUCUGCAAGCACCGCUUCUCUUGUAGAUGUCGACACACCUUCCGUGCGCACCGUACCCUCCGACUUUAUGGAACAAGACGUCAAGACCGAAACCCAAGCUACCCGCCAAGAACUAGAAGAUGCCGCGGAACGUGCUCGUGCAGAAGCUCAUCUUGCGAAGAAGAGGGGCGCUGGAAGAGCACGCAAAGCUGAUACUAUCCUUACUAAGUGGUUCAGUGACCUAAGCGACGGCACGACGACGACCUUAGCUAUCUCCAACUUGGCCGCUAUUGUAGGACUUAGUUCAUAUUUGGGUUACAAGGCUUGGGGUCAGUAUGAGCACGGACGAUUAGGCUGGAAGAGCGUUGGUAUUGGUGCUGGUAUCGUGGCCGGUGUUGGUAUUAUAGAAGGAUUCCUUGGAAGGUACCUCUACAAGGGAAAGAAGAGGCAAUCAUAG